AUGAGUUUUGAGGUGUUAUAUGUGAUGGUCAUGAAGAAAGAGAAUUGCACUUUCUGGGUAGUAACUAUUUUUGUUAAUGUUUCUAGGGAUUUUCUUCCACGAGGUUCUGGAAUUGUAACGAGACGACCGUUAGUCUUGCAACUCAUCACUGCCAAAACAGAGUAUGCUGAAUUUCUGCACUGCAAAGGGAGGAAAUUUACUGAUUUUGAUGAAGUUCGUCAGGAAAUUGAAGUAGAAACAGACAGAAUAACGGGAGUGAACAAAGGCAUUUCUUCAAUUCCUAUUAAUUUAAGAAUAUAUUCUCCACAUGUAUUAAGCUUGACACUUAUUGAUUUGCCGGGAAUUACGAAAGUGCCAGUAGGGGAUCAGCCUCCAGAUAUUGAGCAACAGAUCAGAGACAUGAUAAUGCAGUUCAUUUCUCGAGAAAACUGUCUGAUACUGGCUGUGACUCCAGCUAACACCGAUCUGGCCAACUCGGAUGCACUGAAGUUAGCGAAGGAAGUGGACCCUCAAGGUCUUAGGACCAUCGGUGUGAUCACAAAAUUGGAUCUGAUGGAUGAAGGAACAGAUGCAAGAGAAAUUCUAGAAAACAAACUACUCCCUCUUCGUAGAGGUUAUAUUGGUGUUGUAAACAGAAGCCAGAAAGACAUUGAUGGGAAGAAGGACAUAAAGGCAGCUCUUCUAGCAGAAAGGAAAUUCUUUCUUUCCCACCCAGCAUAUAGGCACAUGGCAGAUCGGAUGGGAACACCAUAUCUCCAAAAAGUUCUAAACCAGCAACUCACCAAUCAUAUUCGGGACACGCUGCCAGCCUUCAGAAGCAAACUCCAGAGCCAGCUGCUUUCUAUAGAACAUGAAGUAGAGGUAUACAAAAACUUCAGACCGGAAGAUCCAACCAGAAAAACGAAAGCCCUGUUGCAGAUGGUGCAACAGUUUUCAGUGGACUUUGAAAAAAGAAUUGAAGGAUCAGGAGAUCAAGUUGAUACACUAGAACUUUCAGGAGGUGCCAAAAUCAAUCGUAUUUUCCAUGAACGCUUCCCUUUUGAACUAGUGAAGAUGGAAUUCAAUGAGAAGGAACUGCGGAGAGAAAUAAGUUAUGCCAUCAAGAACAUACAUGGUAUCAGAACAGGUUUGUUUACUCCAGAUAUGGCGUUUGAAGCCAUUGUUAAAAAACAAAUAGUCAAGCUGAAAGGACCUUGCUUAAAAAGUGUGGAUCUGGUGAUGCAAGAGUUAAUCAACACCGUCAAGAAGUGCACUAAAAAGUUGGCAACAUAUCCAAGGUUGUGUGAGGAAACAGAAAGAAUUGUUGCUGGCUACAUUCGUGAAAGAGAAGAGAAGACCAAGGAUCAGGUGCUGCUACUGAUUGAUAUCCAGGUUUCUUACAUCAACACCAACCACGAAGACUUCAUUGGCUUUGCAAAUGCCCAACAAAGAAGCAGUCAGGUUAACAAAAGUGCAGUGGGAAAUCAGGGAACCAAUCUACCGCCUUCAAGGCAAAUUGUCAUCCGGAAAGGCUGGCUGACCAUCAACAAUAUUGGCAUCAUGAAAGGAGGAUCCAAGGAAUACUGGUUCGUUCUAACUGCAGAAAGCUUGUCCUGGUAUAAAGAUGAUGAGGAGAAAGAGAAGAAGUAUAUGCUUCCUUUGGACAACUUGAAAGUGCGAGAUGUUGAGAAGAGCUUUAUGUCUAGCAAACAUAUCUUUGCAUUGUUUAACACAGAGCAGAGGAAUGUUUACAAGGAUUACCGUUUCCUUGAGCUAGCCUGUGACUCCCAAGAGGAGGUGGAUAGCUGGAAGGCAUCUCUGCUACGAGCCGGUGUCUAUCCUGAUAAAUCCUCAGGGAACAACAGAACUGAAAACGAUGAAAAUGGCCAAGCAGACAAUUUUUCAAUGGAUCCCCAGCUGGAGAGACAGGUGGAGACAAUUCGAAAUCUUGUGGACUCCUACAUGUCUAUUAUCAACAAAUGUAUCCGAGAUUUGAUACCAAAAACAAUCAUGCAUCUUAUGAUCAAUAAUGUAAAAGAAUUUAUCAACGCAGAGCUCCUGGCUCACUUGUAUUCUUCUGAGGACCAAAACACUCUGAUGGAGGAGUCGGCUGAACAGGCGCAGAGGCGCGAUGAGAUGCUGCGCAUGCACCAAGCCCUGAAGGAAGCCCUGGCAAUCAUUGGCGAUAUCAGCACUAGCACUGUCUCCACCCCGGCACCCCCCCCGGUAGAUGACUCUUGGCUUCAGCAGGCCCGAAGAUCACCUCCUCCAAGUCCCUCCACGCAGAGGAGACCUACAUUAAACAAUCCCCCAACCAGACCUUUAUCUGGCCGAGGACCUGCUCCUGCAAUCCCAUCUCCAGGCCCUCAGUCGGGUGCUCCCCCGGUCCCGUUCCGCCCAGGACCACUGCCUCCAUUUCCAAGUGGUGGUGAAGCCCUUGGAGGACCUCCCCAGGUUCCCUCUCGGCCGACCCGGGCUCCUCCCAGCGUCCCAAGUCGAAGACCACCCCCUUCACCUACUCGACCCACUGUAAUUCGUCCGUUAGAUUCAUCCCUGUUAGACUAA